AAGACCUCCAAUACAAAGAAUACCAUCACAGGCAGGUCUUUGAUCACAACAUGAACAUGGAACAACCCCUGUUGGCAGAAACGGCUCGUUAUGCCAUGUCCACAGCAGGAAUUGUAGCAACAAUGGUCAUAUGUGUUGUAAUUGUCUGUAGCAAGCUUUAUAACAGACCUCACCUUCCAAAGGGACCUGGCUACCUUGAACUUAUAAAUACGUUUAUAGCUCUGGGCAAAGGAACACACAUGCAUGAGGUUGUAAGAGGCUUCAACAAGGUAUAUGGGGAUGUUUUCACACUAGCUAUGGGUCAAACUUCAAUAGUGAUGGUCUCAUCAAAGGAUGGACUGAAGGAGGGUAUGCUAACCAAAGGUCUAGACUUUGCAGAUAGACCAAACCUUUAUGCUGCUAACCUCAACUAUGGCGGAGACCGCAAUAAUGGUAUAUUCAUCAGUGAUUACAACACAAAGUGUAAGCUAAAGCGCAAACUGUUCCUUUCUGCCCUGAGACUAAGGGGGGAAAUGCAAGUUGUCCUGGAGCAGAAGAUACUACAAGAAACCCUCAAUGUCCUACAGAGCUUCAAGCAGCAGCCAAAAGUUGGCUUUGACCCCAAAGAAAUUGUUAUGUGCAGCGUCAUGAAUAUCACAUUCCAUAUUUUGUUUAAUAAACAUUAUACUCCUGAUGACAAAGAAUUCUUGACAAUAAUGCAUAAUGUUGACACAAGAUUCCGUGCUUAUGUCACCUUGCUGUAUUUGGACCUGUUCCCUGUAUUAAGACUUCUACCUCAUAAAAAUAGAAAAACAAUUGAAGAUUGCAACAACUGGUUAUUGGAACUAGUACAAAGGUUCAUAGAUGAGCACAGAUCAACAUUGGAAGAUGUAACAAAACCUCGUGAUGUCAUAGAUAAGGUCUUGAUUGAACAGGAAGAAGACAAUGACGGUCAACUACUGAGUGAUAAAGAUCUCCAGUGGUCAUUUGUUAAUGUGAUAACUGCAGGGUUUGACACUACUGGCCUCACUACAUUGUGGGGACUUGCCCUACUAGCUAAGAACCCUAACAUACAGACUUGUUCACCUUCAGUUAGACCCAGAAUCAAUGUUUAUCAAAUCAACCUUUCUCAUCACUCCCCAGAACAAGCUCCAAAGUGAACUGAGGACCAGCUUCAAGGAAGAUGAAAACAUAAGAUGGCAAGAUAGGAAGAGAUGUCCAUAUCUUGAAGCAACUGUACUGGAAAUACAGAGAUGCAGUAACAUUUCAACAUUUGCACCUAAUAGGGCAAGAAAGAAUACUACAAUUCAAGGACACAAUAUACCUGAGGGAGUGAAUGUGUUUUUCUGCCUCUGGAGCUACCACCUUGACCCAAGGUACUGGGAAAGACCAAUGGAAUUUGACCCAACAAGGUUUUUAGAUCCUGCAGGAGAGGUAUUUCGACAAGAAACUGUGAUUACAUUUGGACUUGGACCUCGGCUGUGUCCAGGGGAGAGCCUUGCUAGGAUGGAGCUCCUGAUGUUCUUUGGAAAUGUUUUCAAAAAUCUGAAAGUUACAUUUGCAGAAAAUUCUAAAAAUUUUGAUUUUACUCCAGCCAAAAAUUCACUGCCAUUAUCCCCAAAAUCAUAUCAUAUCUGUGCUAACUACUAAAACAAUACGACUCUGAAAAGUGAAUUGUCAACUUGAGUUUAUUGGGACUGUUUACAGCAAACUGCAUGAUUAUGGAGUGACAGUUUUUUAUAUCGCUGGAGUAUCAUUGUUAACAUUUCAUGAUGGCUUGCAGCAUUUAAUCAGGUUGGAAGAGAACUGCUAUAUACCAUAUUUACCUCAAGUCCUAGUCACACACAGUUGCUCAACUUACACAUCAUAUAUUCUUAGUUUCAUUGUUUGAUUGGUAAUUGUUGCUCCCAAGACAGAUACUAUAAAUGACCUAUUGGUUGUAGAUCAGCUCACAAACAGACCAGCCAUAGGUGUACAUGUCAGCAAAACUUAACCUCUUGAAUCCCAGGCUCUAAAAUCGGUUGAAACCAGGGAAUUUUUCAUUUUUGCCACCUUUUGACAUUCUACUACAUACCUAUACAUCUUUAAAUGCUCAACUAAUUAAAAUUAGACGGCA